AUUUCUGACGAGGGGAGUCAGCAAUUGGAGAGUACUGUGAUAUUACUCGAUUCCACGAUCGAAAUUGAUGGAGCCCACCAAAGAUUGCGACUUGUAGGCGACGAAUGAUUACGAAGAUUGGCAAAACGGGGAGAUCGGGCACAAAGGAAAAGAAGAAAGAACAGGACAGACGAGACGAUAAAUAAGAGAGGGAAAGAGAGAGAGAGAGAGACGGAGUGAAGGUCAGCCAGGAAAACAGAGAGGGAGACAGAGUGGAACCUGGGGAGGAGGGCUUGCUUUGAAUGUGAUAGCUUUGUUUUUGUCGCAAAUUUUAAGCCGUUUGCUGCAAUCUUACAAAAAAAAUUUGAUCUUUCUAUAGUUACAUACUGUUGUUGUGAGAAGAUAAUACCCUAGGGAUCAGAAGAGAAGCUGAAUCGAGAAAAGAGGGUUGUUUUGAUCGUGAAGGAACAUGAAAUGGAUCCCUUGUUCUGGUGUAGCUGUGGGUCCGAAGACCACGAAGAGAAAUACCAACAAUGGCAGCAGCAAGAAGAAGAAGAAGCAGCAGCCGCAGAAGGGUACUAUGGAGAUGGUGGUGAUGAUCAAUGACAAAAAGAACCUGCCUCUUGAAAGAUCAAGAACUUCAGAAAGAUCCAGGAAAGAUAACAAGGGAGACUCAAAAAUAUCAUCCAAUGAGAUUCCAGCUCAGACGUUUGCCUUCCGGGAAUUGGCCAUAGCAACUAUGAACUUCAAAAAAGAGUGUCUUCUUGGCGAGGGGGGCUUUGGAAGGGUUUACAAAGGCCAUUUGGAAAGCAUUAAUCAGGUAGUGGCAAUCAAGCAACUUGACAGAAAUGGACUGCAAGGAAACAGGGAAUUCCUAGUUGAAGUCCUGAUGUUGAGUCUACUUCAUAACCGCAACUUAGUCAAUCUGAUUGGAUACUGUGCCGAUGGAGAUCAACGACUCUUGGUUUACGAAUACAUGCCUUUGGGAUCUCUGGAUGACCAUAUACAUGAUAUUGAGCCGGGUAAGAAAGGGCUGGAUUGGAACACGAGAAUGAGAAUCGCUGCAGGAGCAGCAAGAGGGCUAGAGUAUUUGCACGACAAGGCCAAGCCUCCAGUCAUCUACAGAGAUCUCAAAUGCUCAAACAUUUUACUCGACAGAGGAUACCAUCCCAAGUUGUCUGACUUUGGGCUGGCUAAACUCGGUCCUGUUGGUGACAAUACUCAUGUGUCCACGAGAGUCAUGGGAACUUAUGGGUAUUGUGCUCCUGAGUACGCAAUGACAGGGCAACUAACCUUGAAAUCAGAUGUUUAUAGCUUUGGGGUUGUGCUGCUGGAGAUCAUUACGGGAAGGAGAGCUUACGAUACCUGCAAAUCAGUUGGUGAACAGAAUCUGGUUGCUUGGGCGCGGCCCUUGUUCAACGAUCGAAGGAAAUUUGCGCAAAUGGCUGAUCCAAUGAUGGGAGGACAGUUUCCUCCAAGGGCGCUCUACCAGGCUCUUGCUGUUGCAGCAAUGUGUGUCCAGGAGCAGCCUAACAUGAGACCCGCCAUGGCUGAUGUCGUCACAGCUUUGUCCCACCUCGCUUCGCAGAAGAGUGCAGCUGAGAUGCAGCAGCAGCAGCCGGGCCAAAGCUUGCGUUUGGCUCCAGGUACUCCUAGAGCCAAUGCUGGAAGUUGAAAAUGGCAUCUGCUGGUCAGUGGAUUGAAGUGAGAAUGCAGAGAGCUGCUGAGUUAGUGGGUUUGAACUCAUUAUUCCAAAUGCUCCCAUGAGAUGGUGCUUGGAUACUGCGUGAAAUACGUGUAUAGGCGUUUCAAUUUGAUUUGUUGUGAAAUUGUUUUUCCAUAGAUGAACGGUAACACUAAUAAACUUCAAGAUGGCUGCUGCCUCCAGUUCCGGAUGCCCUACUUUCUGGUCUAUUUUGUAUAUUUUACUGUUAGGACACUCGAAAUUUUACACACCAAAGUGCUAGUCUGUGCAAUUGCG